AUGGCAAUGUCAGCGGAAAGUGUCACCGGCUACGUGGGGAAUCUCGAACCCUGGCAGGAAGAGAGACUGCGCCAGUUCUGGGGGACUCUCAUACAAUUAUGGGACCACAGCAGCAGCCGUAGGACGCCGGAACACACACGCAGGGAAUCUCUCUCAUCAAACGACACCAACACCACCGCCACUACAAAAUCACCCCGACGGGCGUUCUUCUCCCUAAACCGACAUAGCAGCACCCAGACAACAGACGACGACAGCCCUCCCUCCCCCGUCCCGCCCAUGUUCCUCCCCACGCUCAAAACCCUCGGCGCCACCCCAUCAGACCUCAAAGCCGCCUAUACACUGCUCACCAAGAUCUCCGGAGACCGAUUACAAACGGCAUACCUACGGGCACUAAAACAAGAACACCCCGACGCACAGCUACUGCGGUUCCUUCGCACCGAGAAGUGGAACGUGCCGCGCGCGUGGAUCAAGUUCGUGUCGGCGCUGCACUGGCGCAUAAACGAGUACCGCAUCGACGAGGAGGUGCUGUGCAAGGGCGAGAAGUAUCAUCUGGACAGGUCGCGGCAGGAGGAGGACAGUGUGGAGAAGAGAGACGGAGAGAACUUCAUGAUGCAGCUCCGCUCGGGGAAGGGUUUCUUCCAUGGCGCGGAUCGGCAUGGCCGUCCGAUUUGUGUGAUUAGGGCGCGCGCGCAUACCCCGUCUGAGAAGGCAUUGAAGAGCUUGAGGGAUUAUAUUGUGCAUUGUAUUGAGACGGUGCGUUACCUGCAGGUGGCGCCUGUGGAGACUAUGACGAUCCUGUUCGAUCUUACGUCGUUUAGCUUGACGAGUUGGGACUUCCCCGCAGUCAAGUUUAUCAUCGAAUGCUUCCAAGACAAUUACCCAGAGUCCCUAGGCGCCAUAAUCUUCUACAAAGCGCCAUGGUUCUUCAGCGGAUUAUGGAAACUGAUCCAAGCCAUCCUCGACCCCGUCGUAGCCGCCAAAGUCUACUUCAUCGACGGCCCUAGAGACCUCGAGCGAAUGGUGCCCCCCUCCCAAAUCAUCCGCGAGCUCGGAGGCCGCGAAAACUGGGAAUACCGCUACCAGGAGCCGCUACCGUGCGAAGACGACCGGCUGCACGAUACAGCCACGCGCGAUUCUAUCUUCGCUGAGCGCCGGGCGCUGGGCGAGGAACUGUUCGCCGUGACGGCGGAGUGGAUUGCGGACCCCGAGAGCUACGGGUGGGUAGAGCCGCGCGAGCUGGCGAUUAUGAAGAUGCAUGAUAAUUACUGGACGCUGGAUCCGUAUGUGCGUGCGAGGACGGUGCUCGACCGUACGGGGGUCAUUAAGGAUGGGGGCAUUGUGGACUUCUAUCCUGCUAGGACUAAUGUCCAGGUUUAUGAUGAGAAACCGGCUGUUGUGGGGGAUUGGAUUAGCGAGGGUUUCGGGUUCUGUUAUUGA